UUUAGUCACUGGAUUUUUAGUAGCCUCUUUGGUCUGGUCUAUCCGAAUCUCCCCUCGGAUCUCCCCCUCUUUCUCCUGCUGUUCUUGAUGCUGCUGUCUGUUCCUCCUACAGGGAAAUGGCUUCACUAGAGCAGUCCAGAACUAAACUAGCCGGUGAGGCUGAUCUGGUUCAGAAGAAGGCCUUCACUAAGUGGAUCAACUCGCACCUCGAGAAGGUGGGACUAGAAGUACGAGAUCUUUUUGAAGACCUCAGAGAUGGUACGAAACUAUUGACCCUCUUGGAACUGUUUACCGGAAAGAAAAUGCAUAGAGAGAAAGGGAAGAUGAGGGUCCAUCACAUUCAAAAUGUGAAGACUGCCAUAAAUUACCUCACAGACGUGAGAAAAAUAAGGAUUGUUGGUAUUCCUGUUGAAGAGAUUGUGGACGGUAACAGGAAAUUGACACUGGGUCUGGUGUGGAUGCUAAUAUUAAACUUUCAGUUAUCUGGAGCUCUUCCUUCCAAACCUGGUCAAAGACCAAAGUCUCCAAUGGAAGUCUCAGCCAAAGAAAUAAAAAAAGAAUUACUGCAGUGGGCCAAAGCUGCUACAGAAGGCUAUGAUGAGGUCAGUGUCACUAAUUUCCACAGAAGUUGGAACGAUGGUUUGGCAUUUUGUGCCAUCAUAAACAGGCACAGACCAGAUCUCCUGGACUAUGAUGAUUGUCUUGGUAAUCCUCCUUUGGAUAAUUUUGAAGCUGCUUUCUCAACGGCAGAGAAAGAGCUCGGAGUCAUUAGGUUUCUAGACCCAGAG